GUGGAUGGUGUGACUGUGACAUCAAGUGAUUCAGAGGCUGAGAUCAAAUUCAAGGCUGUUAUGGAUUCUUUCAUUUUUUGUGAGGCGACGAAUGAGCUUGGAAGGGAUAUACGCAAAAUAAGGAUAUCAGUGAAUCGUAAGUAAAAAUCGUACUUGCUUUUCAUUUCGUUGCGUUACGUUAUUUCCAGCAACCCCUUGCCUCUUCCGUUCUAUUUUAAAAUUUAGCUCAUUCUUCUUGAAAGAAACCUAUUUGUAAUUUACUGUUUUCUAUUUUCUCGAGAUGCGAUAAACGCGAAAACUGGACACACGUGUCAGUGCGGUGGUUGUGGCGGUUGUGCUUUGUUCACUGCGGUUUAUCAUAGACUGUUCAAAGGCUCCCUUUUAUGACGCAAACUACAACGAACAGCGAGCCAAGGGAGCGUAAGCGUCAAACUCAAGGAAUGAAUCGCGCUACCGUUUCACAUUCUCGUCAGCUCGCGCGUUCUUCAGUUCAGAAUACAUGUAUGAGAAAAUAUAGGAUCGGGAACAUUCGCGUCUGUCGCCAUCCUUUCACUUUACGUCAAGAAAACAGAGAGUUUGAGGGCAGUCUAACGUCAAAGAAACUUUUGAGAAAUACCUUUCAAUUUAUUUUUCUUAUUCGACUUUAUUUACCGCAUUAACCUCGCUAAGUUGUUUCUAUCUUAUAAUCUUUAGAAACCGGAGCAAGGUACUUGCUGAUGAAGGUGAAGUUUAUAAAAGAGGAGUUCAACGAAAACCUGAACAUCAGAGAAUCUAAAGAAUUCCAGGACCUCUCCGAGAGGAUAGUUUCGCAGGUAAAAGAAAAUGAAAGCUAACAAGUUAGGAUACAUUUAUCUGUAUGUUGCAUUUUUCAGACAACAAUAGUAUAUUUUAGUAGUAAUAGUCAAAGAUUACGUUGUGCGUUCGACCGAUCUCAAUCCAAAAAAAGCUCUGCUCUCCUUCAGCAAGUUGUUAAUGAUGUUAUUUACCCUGGCAAAAUCUGUGGGGAUGCCAAAGGCGCACUCCAGACGAAGCUUGUCCAGUACAGUCUCACUCCCAUCUUGUUUGGGAAAGAGUCCUACGUUUAAAGUGAAAAUAUGUAAUAGGGUAGUUAGUUAACGUAGUUCUAACACCAGAAUAUUUAGUAUGAUGGAAUUCUAAUGUAUGACAGGUUACGGUGCUGUUGGUUGUCGCUUUUCGAGAAGUUAAGUCUAAGCGUUCUUUCUAUUCGUUAGGUGCGGUCCGUGUUAGGUUCUCUCUCAAAUUUCCUUGGUUCCAGUGUGGCGAGCUUUCGGUAUGUAUGUAUAUGUUUAUUUAACUAUCGAUCAUUCGCUACUUUCACCUUCCCAUAAUACACCUUGCUUACCUCCCAAACGUUUUGCAUAAGCAUUGUUUCCAAUUUCUCUUGGGAUUUACAAUCCUCCCAAGAGAACUUGAAAACAAUACUUAUGCAAACAAGGUGUAUUAUGGUUAAUGUGAAAGUAGUGAAUAGAAGCACUUCAGUGUGAAGCACAGUGUAUAGUUAGGGCGACAGGCAUGUUCAUGUAACACAAUCUUCGUUGUAAGAGAAACCUGUUCUGUUACUUAGAAACGAGGCUUGUAAGAUAUAUAUUAUUUCUGUGUGAUGAUUUGAAUCGGAUUUUCCCGCGGUAUAAAAUACCGCCGUCUUAAUUGACCAAUCACAGAGCGAGAGCUUGUAUUAAAAGGAAGAUGUUUCCGCCAUCGGGACUACUUAGGCCUCUAAAUCGGGGUUUCGUAAGUAGGAGUCUUUCACAAAAGAAAAAUUAUAUUUCUCAACUUUAUUUUAUGAAGUAUAAAAAAAAAAGAUAAAAAAAUAAAAUAAAAUAUAUAAUAUGAACUGUAAGCUUGCUGCGUUAAAUCUGAGGCGGCCUUUUUUUUGUUUUCUUAGUAAAAACGAGGCUAUUUUAAAUCUAAAUUAAUAACUUAAACUUAUGUUUCCAGACCAGGUUCAGUAAAAGCAGAUAUACUGAUAAAGACAACCGCGGACGGAGGUGACUCAGUUCAGAAAACACUUCAAGAAGAACUCAACAAAGCCAAGCUGGGAGACAUACCUGUAGAUCGCUACUUGUACUCCUUUGAGCAAACACAAGGUACGAAAUAAGAGAUCGGAGACCCGAAAAUUAUAAAAGGCAAAGCAGAGAAGAACGGGAGAGAACCGAACCAGUACUAGGAAAUACUUUCUGGCCAAUCAGAAGCGAGCAUUUCAAUUUCUUCUUGAACUGGUUCAGUAUUAGAGGAAUUAAAUAUAUCGGAGCCAUCCUGUUGUUGCUUUCGCCCGAAAUGAGGGGUAAUUGAGGUCANCCCCCCCCCCCAUACGCCCCCCUCUUAAACGUCCCGUCCCGUCUCGAGGUCGACUCUAAAAUGUUACAAAUAGCUGGCAACCUAUAAAAUGUGGAUGCAGAAUAUUUCUGUAGAAAUGCUAGACGUUCGUUAUUUAUAGGAUACUUUAUCGAUCUUUGAUUGAUUUUCUCCAAUCAGCUUGCCCGUCUGUUUAUGAGAACGUCACGUGGAAUAAUGCAGCUGAUGGUGCUACCGAUGUCCAGCCUUGUCCCAGGGGACUCCCAGGUUAGUUUAUUUGCCCAUUUCAGAGCUAUCCCUAAGCCUCCUUAUUAAAGCGAAUCCUAGUGAACAACCGUUCUUCUGAAAAUAAUUAAAUAGGCCUGCCCUAAGCCUCAGUUUCAAAGCGAGGCCAAGUGCGAAACCAUUGAUAUGAGAAUGGGUUUUUACAGCAAGGAGCCCAAAAUUGUGACCGCUUUUGAUUUAUUCACAUUCUUUCGUACAGAUUUAAUCCAAUCAGAAGCCAGCUGGAAACUGUCCUCGACUUCUGAUUGGUUAAUGUCUUCAUGAAAGAAUGUGAGUUAAUUGAAGGAGGUCACGCAAAUAAAACUCAUUUUUGCAAGAAUGGUUCUGCACUUAGCCUCGUUUUGAGAGCGAGAGUUUUUGAAACUUGGAAAUGGUCUGAUAAUUUCCACCUCCUGAUCUUUAUUUGCAAAGUAAUAAAGAUCAAGAGGAAAUCCUCCCGAACUAUCAGAAUAUCUCAUUUUUUUCUUCCAUCAAUUAAAUUCGAUUAACCCGGAAAUUGGAAAGUAGAAAGUGUUACUCAUUGUCUUCUUUAUUCACCAGGUUUCGCUCGGCGCAACUGUUCGUCUGGGAUCUGGUACUAUCCGGACUACACAGAUUGUAAGACCAGUGACUUUCUCAAUCUCAAAAAUGAGGUACGCGAAAAAUAGUCCUAUAUAUAUUCUCCUGUAAAGAAAGAAAAGAAAAAAUCAUGAUAAUAAUAAUAGUAGUAGUAAUAAUAAUAAUAAUAAUAAUAAUAAUAAUAAUAAUAAUAAUAAUAAUAAUAAUAAUAAUAAACUGUGGAUUGUGGGAUCUUCUGGAUGUAAAGAAUGAAGCAGGACUCUUGCUCGCGAUCAUGUCAUUCAGGCCUCAAACCUACGCGACAAGACCGCAAGGUCUUGUGGAUAGCAGUAAAUCCCUUAACAUUUGGUCAUUGCUUCACGGCAUAGAACCUCACAAACAUUUACCUUUGUCGUUUUAUGACAAAAAAAUGGGUUUCAUAACUGAGUUUGGGAUUUUCACUUAUUACCUCGCGGUCUUGUGGCUGCGGGUUUCCCACAACGUUACCUGAAAAAGCUGUUCAGUUGGACCUCUCACAACGGCCACCCUGGGGACAGACGAAAGUGGCCGUUGAGUCCUUUAGUUGCUCCCUCGCUUAGUUAUUAUUUUUUUUGUUAAUGUAACUAAGUGGAAGCAUCUAAAUAAAUAUAAAGAAAGAAAAUGUAUGGACCGUACACCGAAAACAAGUGGCCGUUAGUUGUAAAGAAGUGGCCGUUAGUUGAGGUUGGACUGUAUUUGCCUCCUUCAAAUGGAUCAACAAGUAUUUUCAUCGUUCAUAAGACAUGUUAUUCGUUGCAGAUAAACCAAUCAGUGUCUAUCGAAAAUAACAAGGAUAAAACAGAGAAAGAUAUCCUAAGAGGUCUUAAAGAUCUCUUAAACUUGACAACGCCGAACGAAAACUACGCAAUACUCGCUGGAGACCUCGUCACAAGCACAGAAAUACUAAAACUAGUUGUGGAUUACACGACACUUGCAAGUGAAGACAGUGUAGGCACUAUCGAAGAAGUAAAGGUAAAAAAAUCAUCCCUGCUACUCCUAGCUGUUGUUAAGUAAGUGCGUAAGUGUUUUAUUGCUAAAGUAAGUGAGUAAGUACGUUUGGGCGUACGUGAUGGGACUGAGUGAGUGAGCAAGCAACUGAGUAUUUUUUUGGUAAUGGAAAUGACUCUGCAAUUGCUGCACCUUGCCUUCAUGCUGAGGCAGGCUGAGUACUUAAGGAGAGCAAGGAUGGCGCCGGCAGUGGUGAGAGCACUCGCCUCCCACCUAUGUGGACUGGGUUCAAAUCCCGGCGUCGACGCUUUUGAGGGUAGAGUUUUCUUGUUGGUUCUCUCCCUUACACUGAGACGCUUUUCUCCGGGUACUUCGUUUUCCCCUCUCCUUAUUAUUUUCUAAAUUCCAAUUCUACCAGAGUUGGUAGACGAAGAACCACUUAGUGGAUAUGCUACCUCUAAAUCGUUAUUAAUUAAUUAAUUAAUUAAUUAAUGUAUUUACAGUCCACUUGAACUUGAAGCUCAGGAAAUAGUUCUUUGGUUUUUUGACAUGAUUAUGAUUUCUCGACAGAACAUAGUCGAAGUGGCCAACAACAUCCUUCAUCAGCAUAAUGAACAGGAGUUUAUCGUCGCACAAAAGGUAUUUUAAAAUUUGUCGGCUUCAGGUGUUAGGCCUUACCAUAGUGGUUUUCUCUCGAGCCCUGAACAAUUGAACACUGACACUCCGUACAGGAAAGUCCUCGAAUUUCAGUGCUAACAUUAUCCAACCCAGAUUCUCAAGUGCCUAAAAGAAGCAAACACAGAAAGACCUUCAGGAUAAAAUUGCUCAUGUUGUGGAUCUUUUUUGCAGUGAAUGGAGUCCUUGAAAAAUGGGAAAUGUGUCCUUGAAAGUCCUUGAAAAGUCCUUGAAUUUUUUGUCCAAAAAAAAGGGUACGAACCCUGAAACGUAACCUAAGAGUGAAAAGGGUUACUCUGGCUACAUCCGCCCAAGGCAGGUGAAAUAGAAUGGCAAUGUAGCCUGAGAAAACAGCCGACUUUUGGCGACGCCACAACUGGUUUCUCGACUGCCACUGCGGAAACUCCGUGCUGAUGACGUGUUACUUCCCAUAUAUGAGUAGUGGUUCUGUUUGUUUGAAGCAACUGGCCCUUGCGGGCACGAUACAGGGAACGAACGAGAACUAUUAUUUGAGCUAACUUUCAAGUCACCAAGAACAUUUUUGUCUCGGUUUCGUCUUCUUACUUGUAAGCAACUACUUCGUAACCUUUUUAAAGGCCUUCAAUUGCUCAAUCCGGAAAAAUCUCGUAAAAUAUGUUAACAUUUUCCGUAAACUGUAAGUCUGCAUGUUGGACAAAACAACGAAGACAAUGACGUCAGCUGUCUGACGUCAGCCUCCGACGGAUCUUAAGACACAACCAACCAUGUGCGCGCAGUAUCUGGUACAUUGAAUAUUCUUCCGUUUUUGUUCAUGAACAAAAAUCACGACCAUGUAUUUGCAUUUGCCGAGGCUUAUGAUUGAUGCUAAAGUGCCGAAGCUUCGACGACUGAUAUCGGCUCUUACACUUCACUCGUGUAUUUUCUUUGCAGGUGUUACAGACGGCAUCGAAGUUUAUCUUGGCCCUCGAGAAAUAUGGUCUCCAAUCUGCGCAAGUCGCUUCCAUCAACGCAAAGGAGAAUCUCAAGAUAUUUAUCACUGAAUAUGUUGGUGAGUAGUAAUAGUCUAAAACAAUUUACUACCUUGAGUAGAUCGUGCACACUCCUCACUCUAGUCCCUCCCUAGUUGACAGGGUUUCAUACAGAGUCUUGAAUUCUUGAAAAAGUUCUUGAAAUUUGGUCAACAAUUUUCCAGCCUUGGAAAAAGACUGGAAAAUAGAGAUAAAGUCUGGAAAAAUUUUAAAAAGUUUUUUUUCUUCAAAGCCACAACAAUUGCUAUAUAACUGAUUUUUUUUUGCUUUGGUCAAAUAUUAUUCAAUCUCGGCCUCGCACGUUGCUAGUGCAUCGUGAAAAAAAGUUGUUCCUGUUGUUUUGAGGUGUGUGUUGAACACCUAUUUGAUAGGAUUGAAUCUGUAAAAAGAAUCUUUUGUUUUGGAAAGAGGUCUGGAAAAAGUCUUGAAUUUUGGAGCCAAAAAUCUUUACGAACCCUGAGUUGGGUAAAUUACUAUUUUUACUUUUUCUUUUCUUCUUUUUUUUUGCGCAACAUAAAGAAUCUAAACCAUCCACUUCAUCAUCAUUUAGCGACACACGCGAAAAAUAGCUGCCCCAACACCUUGAGACACAAAUCAUAUCUGCUUCAUACUUUUAAAGAACGUAAUCGCCUUCAGUAACGUAGACAAUUUAGGAAUUUCUUCCUUCUACCUCUCCUUUUUUGAAGUAUGAACACAUAGCUCAAUUUUAAUCGCAGGUGAUCGACUAUCGUCUCUGAAUAUAACAUUCACUGAUUUACGUUUUCUCAUAUUUAAAAUUUUUACUUUGAUAGUUAUGGGUGCCGGCGUAGCUAAUCCGGAGACGAUAUCAGAAGACGUCAUAUUUCCAAAUUACAACUGGCCCGACUUAGCAAGGGUCAAAGAAGAGUGGAAUGUGACCACCUUUGUGGUGUUAAGCACGCAGAUGAUCAAGGACAUGAAAGAUAUGGAAUCUUAUAAUGGUACGAUAAUUAUAUCAAAAUAAUCGAAACUGAUUAGUUUUAGACGGUUGUUAUUUGAUUGCGUAAUUAGCACAUCUGUUGCGGUACCAGAUUGUCUGGUUUGACCUGUCCCAGCACCAGGAGCUUUGCAAAUGGAGAGUUAAAAUUAAACUUCCUUGCCUAUGCUAACCAAUCAAAUUGAAGCUAGAAACUGACUGGUCCAAUGACCUUCACCAAGGUAUGUUCAAGUGCCGGUUUUUUUUUUCAUUUAGUUUGUUUAUUUGUUUUUUUAAUUGAACAGUCGGAUUACAAUUUUAUUAUAAAGAUUUUAUGGAUGGCGUUCAUACGAGUUUCACAAUGGUUUAAAUUGUUUUGCUUUGGAAAGUUUGCUGUAAGUUGAUGUAGUAACAAGGUGAAAUUAAUGUACUUACAUUUAUUAUUCUAUUACUGCGUCUCUCGCAUUUUGUUACUGACACAAUCAUUUGGCCAGUAAUAGGACUUAAGUCCUACAACUCAGAAAAUCGUGCUCGGACAGGUUGGAGUUAACUCCCUGAAUUUUACUCAACUCUGUCCUACUUUGUCCAGUUACCAUGGCUUACUAUGUCGUAGCUUAAAAGUGUCGAAAUUUCUCAUCACUGGUUUAUUUGUUAUCAAAGCACUUAACAUCUAACAAUCUGAUUUUAUUUUUGUACCAGGUAAAGAUGGAAUCAAAAUUGCGGCCUUUUUAUACAGGACACUGACAAGGAUUCUGUCGUUUGAAAGGUAAGUUUGGCGUGCGGGGCCGGCUUGUUCAAAGCUGGGUUAUGAUGAUCCAGGGUUAGUGCGAAAUUGGAAUUAAGAUAUGAAAGCUGCUUAAAAAGCCAAAUUCAGCUUAAUUCUUUUUGUCUGUAAUUUGAUGACUGGAUGAUACUGAACUAAAAAGAAUAGAGAAAGUCAUGCGAGAAAAUGAUCUUCAACUGAAAAGAAAAAGAGAAGAAACAAUGCCCUGGGACGUAUUGAUAUAUCUGGUUUGAGUGAUUCGCUUAUUUUAAUGGCGUUGUUUUUUUGGUAGUGCGUACAGUGACAAGGGUCUUAACUUUGAAGUCAACUCGGCGGUGAUUUCGGCCUCCACGGACCCGAAACCUCCUACAAAAUUGAACGAUCCUGUCAUCAUUGCCUCAAGUAACCUCCAGGAAAUGGCUGUAAGUUGACGUAAAGAAAUUAAAAACCAUAUUCAAUAUAUAUUUUUGUAUUUUAUUAGCCAUAUUUAUUAUUUAUCUGUCAUUUUUUACAUCUUUAUGCGCGUUUAAAAUAAAUUUCGUUGUUUUUUAUUUUAUUUUCCUUAUGUCUAGGAUAAUGAUCAACCGAUUUGUGCAUUUUGGGACUUCAAUUUGUAAGUAGCUCCCGUUAACUUUUCACAUGUACAAAAUUAUGUAACUAAACUAGGAGAAUAAACAGAGACCAAAGGAGUGUGUUCGAAUUGUAAAUUGAUAGGUUAUGUACGACCUACUGAUUUUAUUUGUUAUGCUGUGAUUUUCUUUCUUCGCCCUAAAUACUCUGAAGACCAGUCUUCACGUGAAUAAUGCGUUUGCCUCAUUUGUUUACGUUGGCAAAUUUACAAAACUACCCCACCUACACAGCACCGCCGUUUCUUUAGCGACUGACCAGAUUACGCGCUGAAGUUGGUUUUCAAUCUUAGCAGUGUGAAAUGUUUUUAUCAACCAAUGAUAUUUUACAUAUAUUACAGUAUGUUGCAGCACUGCUUCUUGAGUUUUCUUCUUCGUUCUAUAGUCCUGUCUUGCCGCGCGAUAGAAACCCCUGCCUAGAUACCUCUGCUUUAGGUGAAUUAACAAGUAGUUGAAGUUACCUUUUGGGUUCAAGACUAGAGAGCUAAAUAAGAUUCUGAGACGAGGACUACUACGAGUUUUUAAUAAUACUGAAUACUGCUCACGCGUGAACCAGCGUCAUUUUGGCGGGAAAACGUGAUAGUUGUCGUCAUUCUACUACAAGCGAGAAUGUCGUAGUGGCGGGAACAAGUUAUCAAAUGUAAGAAGUUUUAUCUUUUUGCUAUCGGGAGAGGGCUUAACCUCCUUCAGUAUAAAUAACCGUACUAAAUUUUUGGCGAAAAAAAGGAAAACGAAACUUUUCCGGGCUGUCUUUAUUUUUGAGAGCACACGCAAAAACUUCCUCAAAUCUAAAGUUCUCUAUUAUUGUUACAAAUGUACCGAUUGUAACUUUACGCAGGAAUGCCCCGCAUGGAGGGUGGUCUGAGGAAGGCUGCAAUACAACUAACUACAACACCCUGCGAACAACGUGUCAGUGUGAUCACAUGACUAAUUUUGCCGUUUUAAGAAGUAAACCUCUUCCCCCCGUGGCGAUCACGGUAAGUAGUCAGUGCGUAACUUACGCUUUUAUGUUUGCCUCGUAGUGCUCAGUUCAGAACGAAUUGUGUAUUUAAGUGUUUACUAAAAACGUCACUCCUUGUGUACUAACUGUUGACCUCACUUAUCUCUUUUGCAAGGGUAAAAAUUAUAGCAGAAAUUCCCGACUUCACUAAAAGCGCAAUAUUUUUCCCUUGGUCUUCUUUGAGUAUGAGUCAUUGUCUAGGGCGUGGUUUAUUCCGCCAAUGAACUGAACAGAACUCGAACCAGAUGGGCUGGGUGAUAGCGUUGUGGGGAAGGAAGAGGGAUAGAGGAACACGCGAUGUUGUAAACAUUUGAUUCAAAUGAAUCGCCUUCCCUUGAGUAGUUCUUGCGCGUUGUAAUCUUGUAAUUUCAUUUUUUUCCAAAGUUAUAUUUGAAAUUUUUCUUAACUUUGAUCCUGCACAUUCUGGGUCAACAAAAUAAUGGGAGCUUCCCGGCCAGUCAGUAGUACAGCAGUACAACUAAAGGAUGCACGAACAAAAAUUCUCCGCAGUAUUUAAUCGAAAGCCUGAUUUAGAGUUAAUGCAGUUGAACCAUCUUGAACAUACAGAACAUAGAAAUGACGUAAAAUGUUCCGGUUACAGUAUGAUUAAACUACUUUCUUUACUUUGCAUUUAUUUGUUUUGUUCUACAGGCAACAGGCUCCACAAGUGACUUUAUGCAUUGUAUUUACAUUGCUUGUUGGAUUAUCAUCGCAUUUGCUGGACUCACGUUUUUGAUUCUUUUGAUUGUUUGUUGGUAAGAACCUCUUAAUGUAUUAUGCAGCUUCCACGAUCGUACCUUAAUUAAUCACCCUGCUGGACAUUGAUAGGUGGUGCUGUUUUGUACACCCUUCAGUGUUUAUGAAUGUUAAACUGUGAUACUCUUCUUAGAUUUCUGGCUUAAGUUGAUCAUUUUGAGUUGUGAUUUUGAAAGUUGGUUAAUUUUGUGGAAAGUUGUUUUGCGCUCCUUGCUAAGUUACGAAAGGCUGUCUUGUAAAUUUCUCAACGGUACGUUUUUAUGUAGCUGUCUGUUGCGGGCUCUCUAGAGGGCACUGAAUCUUCUCGCCUGAGAAUCACUUCCACUUGGUACUUUUUAUCAUGCUGUUCAAGGUUAGGCUGCGCCACAGAUGAAACUAAACUCUGGUAAAGUCCGUCUGUGAAAGAGCGCCGAAAUCUUUGUUAGGAGCCUUCACCUAUGUAUCAAGAUUUAAGUACGCGCUAUUGAUUGGCCUGUUAAAAAAGCCAUUGUCGAUUUGCCAAUCAGGAUGAAAGGUGAUUGGAAACGCACUUCCGGUAAUCCGUUGGGUCCCGGUAGUGGGCCCGUCAAAGGCGCAGGCUAGACGCAGGCUAGACGCUGGCUAUAAACCUUGUUAAAUUUAAUGCUUAAGAAAAAGCUGUUCAGGGUUGAUAUCACUCAGCCGACUUGAAACAUUGUUCCCUCAAUGUCACAAGGGUAGGAGGGGUCUGUGACGAUGACGUCAUAUAACGUCAUUUAUCCGACAAGCCGCUAUAUUUGAUCCACUAGUUUGUUUGUUACGAUUUUUGCUUUCCUUGUGCUGGGUGUAUGGGAUGAAUUGUGUGAAUUUCAUCCUAAUUUUGCGUAUGUAUUUUUGCCUCUAGUUGGUUGAAACCCGAUCGAACAUGGGCGAUGCACAUGUGUGUUUGUGCUUCUAUUAUUGUCACCUUUGUUUUAGUCCUUUUUGGUCUGACGUCUUAUAACGACUUGGUAAGAUCACAAUUUAUACAUGGUAUUAUUCAAGUUUUUUAAUGGUAAAAAUCAAUUCUUUUGCCACGCCGUGCUAUCGAAUUAUGUGAAACAUCAGGCGAAUCGACGGGAUACCAAAUGCUACCAUCUACAGCCUCACAGAAACAGCUCCUCUUAUUAAAAGAGUCAGACUUCGGCAAUUGAGUUUGCUUGGUCACGUGCUCCGCUUGCCUGAAAAUGAGCCUGUCAUAGAAUUUGCAAUGUACAGUCAACUCUCUCUAAGACGGACUCCUUUGGGACCGGCACUAAGUGUCCGUCUUAAAGGGGCGUCCGUCUUAUAGAGAGUCAAAUAAAAGGGGUAAAUAAAUGCAGGGACCAACUCUAAGUGUCCGUUUUUCAGAGGUGUCCGUCUUAUAGAGGUGUCCGUUAAGAGACAGUCGAGUGUAUGUUCCCUCUUCAUUGUUUUCUGGGGGAUCUUGAAAGCUUGCUAAAUGACAAUCAGCUGUUGGAAAUGGCUCAAGACCGCUUUCGGUGGAGGAAACUUGUGGUCGACUGCUUUGGAGCCGAAUGAUGAUGAUGAAGAUAUUAUUUUUUACAAUACCGUAAAUCUUCUAUUAAAAGACAAUCAGGGGGGCUUAUUUAUUUCACGCCCAUUUGAGGGGGGGGGGAGGGCUUAAUAGAGACAGGGGGGCUCAUUUUAGAGGGAGGGGGACGAUGGUAUCAGUUCUCCAUAAAGAACUAGAAUACAAAUUGGAGAAGCUCAAGAACAAGAAUGUUCGAGGUCAUGCAGCUGAGGAUCAGAAGCAAAUCUGAACUUCCAGUUGGUAAAUAAACCAUCCUGGAUAAGUCCACGCGAAGUUUUACACGCAUGAUUGAUUAGUACAGUCUCUCAUUUAUUAGUGAAGAAUAAUCAGGGGAGGGGAGGGGAGGGGAGGGGAAGCUUAUUAACUUUUUUCCCCUGAAAAGGAGGGGCUUAUUAGAGGGAGGAGGCUUAUUUGAGAGGAGGGGCUUAAUAGAGGAUUUACGGUAUUGUUAUUACAUCCUUACAAUCCUCUCUGAUAUAUGAAUUGUCAAUUUUUUGUUUGUUGGAGAUGAAGGGGCUAUGUCAUGUUCAGUUUACAUUAAGUUUUUGGUCAAAGCUGAGCAACUGAAUUAUUACUAGUUAUUCUCACUCAUCUUUUGUCAUAUUUGGAACUCUAAAAGAGAGAUAUCAAAUGACUCUACCAAAGUGGAAAUAAAGCAUGAUUGUUUUUUAGUCACAACACACAAGAGUUUAACUUGAAAAAAUGGCCCAAUUUUUUCAAGUUGCAAUCCGUUUUCAUUCGGGUCAUCGAAAGCCAAAGAUGUACACUUAUAGUUGAGUUACAUUAGCAAAGUAGUUUUAGGUAAAACUGACAAAGAUUAUUUCAGGGUUUUCUUUGACUGUCGUUCUCUGUUCAUUCUACAAAAAUGUUAGUUGUUUCACGCCAGUUUUAUACAAAAGAAUUAUUUUGAGCUGUUUUUAUCUGCCUAUUUUCUUUUUUGGGAAAAUUCUCAACUUGAAUCUGACGUUUUCCGUUUGCCGUAAACGUGACUCCAACUCUCUUUAACCCUUUAAGUCCCAAUAGUGACCAACAUCAAUUUUCUCCUAACAAUAUCCAUACGUUGUCAGGAGAUAAGUUGUGAGAAUUAAUAAAAUGAUCACCCAAGAGAAAAUGCCAACUAGAAAAUAAUUUGAGAGAGUUGAAUAGAGAUUCCUUUACGUACUUAUAGUCACACCUCUUAAACAUACACCUAUAACCCCGAAUUUCCCAAUUAUGGGAUACACUACGGUCUGGGGUUGGUGUUAGUAAUACAAAUUUGAAUCGAACGAUUCACUCUGAAGGUAGAUUUGAAUGGAUAAAACCGGAAACCGAAAUUUUGAUAACCAAAACCGUUUGCUAGUGAACAGCGUGUUUUCUCAGUUCUUUGUCGUUCUUCCUUUUUUAGGUAUUGUGUAACCUCUACUCGUUUUUGGCUCACUAUUUCUAUUUGUGCGCGUUUUCGUGGAUUUUAACCGAGAGUAUUUACAUGAGAAUCUGGGACACCAUUGAUGGACCAAAGAAAAAGUACUGGAUUGGUUAUUUCUUGCUCGGCUGGGGUGAGUACUGAACACUAUUCUUACGAUUCCUGAAUACUUGAAAGUUACCUAAAGUUGAUUGAGGUUCAACUUAAUUUUUACGUUUACGCGCGAGCUUUUAUUCACUGCCUCUGUUUUACUUACGCGCGCAAAGUUUACGUGCGUACGCAGUUAAAAAUUACGCGGCAGUGGAAAUCCACCUUUACCUUGACCCUGAAUCUCUCAUAUUGACCCCAUGAGUCAACACUUUCUCUUGUAAGGUUUGUCAUAAAGAAAAAUUGAAGCGCCUAGUACAGAAUAUGUUAAGCACCUUUUACAGAGCCUCAUGAAUGAUAAAGCAAGCACGGGUUAAUAAAAUCUAUUCAUACGGUAGUCAAAGAUUUUAAUAUGCCGGUUUACCUUAAACAAAUACCUUUCGCAAGUGUAUAAGAUUAUUUAAAACAUUCUUGGUCACUUGCCGCCCAAUAAUUGCAAUCUACGGAUAUGAAUACGAACUAUCUAGACUCAGUUGGAAGGCGGGCUUGGAUAGCACUGAGGCGCACCAGGAUCAUCGGGUUUGCACCCCAUUUCACCUUGAGCAAGGACCACGUACUAAAAUGCUUUGUAAACUACAAUGCCGGACAAAAGUAGUGCGACAACAGCAGUUCAUUUUAAUGUUCAGAAACGAUGGUUUUCCCCUUUGCGAAAUACCCCUCGUCUCUCUAUUCAGUGUUGAGAUAUAACAGAGAACAAAUAGGCGCAAAAAAACUUUAGUUUUGUUCAAUAUUGGGCAUGGAGGGCUGGGGGAAGAAGGAAUAAAGAGGAUAAAAGAAGCAGCCUUCCCAACACUUUUGAUGAUGAUUUUAGUGGACAAAGAUGACGGUUUUUUUUAUUGUUUGUUGUCUUCAAGGCUUACCUGGCAUUCCAAUGCUAAUUUCAUGGUUGAUCGUCAAGCUUACUAAAUUCGAAAGCUAUAUGUCGUAAGUAUAGCUGUUCCAUACUUUCUGAGAGGUGCAGGUUAAAAGUAAAACAUGUUUUAGUGAUUAGAACUGUAACUGAUGUCUUGUCUCACUUGGGAAAAACAAAGCCUCAUCAACCUUUGUGAAUCCGCGAAACCCGCAGAAUAGUAUUAUAUGUGAAUGCCGAAUACACAUAGGCGCGGUUCUUCUUAUUUGUAAAUAAUGUAGAUUUUCCUUAUUUGAGAAUAAUCAUAUCUUACUUUAAUUUAAAAAAUAGGUGUUGGAUGUCUAUAUUCAAUCCUUUGAUGUGGGUGUUCUUUGCUCCGGCAGUUUUUUUAUUCCUGGUAUGUAAUAUUUUUGUUUCUCAGAGUACUGGUAACAAACGUUGCUGACUUGUCUUACAAGUUUUUUCCAUUUUCUGCAGAUCGCUUGUAUUGUCUUUUUGAGAGUAUGGAGAGCAAUCACGGGUCUACCAAGACAAGGCCUCAAACAAUAUUAUUACAACACAAGAUUCAGGUAUCACCAAUCAACCCUUCCCUCAAACCGUCAAGGCCUUGUUCUGCUCAAAUUGGGCGUGGAGCCGCAACCCUAUCUCGGUCAGUGCUACUUGACUGCCUUGAAAUGCGGCCAUUUGUAGCACUUUUUGGAAAGAUUAAAAAAACUUGCACGAUGUUGAACUUUGUAUUUAUAUAAUAAUUUAUCAAUUUGAAACCUAGUUCUUAGAUACAUUGCAUGAACAAAAGCAAACCUGCUUUUCCCGAAUAAGCUUCAGAUUUGUAAGACUGCUCUUACAAGUUUAAGGGCGACAGAACAAUCCCUUUGAAACUGAGUUCAAUUUCGUGUUGUGUUGUUGAGGAUUUUGUUUUUAAUCUGUCAUGUCUAAAAAGGCCCACUUAUCGCAAACUCACUAAAACCGACAGGUCUUAAACAAGAGUAGAGAUCUGCGCCCAAACAGUAAAAAAAAUAGGGCUUUGAAUUAAACAGUGUACAGAAUUCCAUCCAAACCUUAGUUCGUCAUUUUCACUGUAAAUGAAAGUGGUCAUUUUUUGUCUUUUUUCAGAGUUCAAAUUCGUUACUGUAUUAUUCUUAUGGUCAUGUUUAUCGUCACGUGGCUGGUGGGAAUUCUUCUGGUUCAAUACUAUUGGAAGGCCUUGUUGUGCAUUUUGUUUAUCAUAUGCUGCGUAAUCACGGUUAGUGUCACACAUUCUUCAUGGGCUUAUAGUGUUUAGGGGUUGUUCCAGAUAUCUGUGUUACUUUUGCUUUCGCCCUCUUACACUUGUUAUUAGACCCACUUUUGCCUUUAAUGUCAAUUUGCUAACUUUUGCCUGCUUGACGCAGACUGCCCACCACGUCUUUUAGCCUGAAAUUUCCCUUUUUUUCCGUUAGUAGGUUCAACUUAGAUAAAUGAGAGUAUUUAGUAAAUAAGAGUGUUUCUGAUGUGUGAAUUGGUUUCUGUUUUCAGGGAUUCAUGAUUUUGUUAUUUUACGUCAUCAUGAAUAGACAGGUUAGACAUGCCAUUUUGUAAUUUGUAUCGUUGCGGUACAUUUAUUUUCCUAUUAGUUAGGCACCCUAAAUCACUAUGGAAUCAGUGAACACUUUUCAUUCAACUAAGUUAUUCUUGAUUUUACUCCCGGACCAUGUUCCCCAAAAUACAGAGCCCCAUCAAUCGAUAUAACAACCCCACACAACCCACAAUCCCUUGAUUCGUUUUGACAAGAGCUCAUGCUCAAUCCUCUUCGCGGUGGUAAAUUUACUUUAUGGACUCAUCUGAGAAAACCAAUCUUUUUGUUUCACCCUCUUCCUCCCCUCCCCACCACACACACACUCCAACAGAGCUCAACGGUUUCUUUAAAAAGCAACCUCUACAUUUGGCGUUACAGGGGCGGAUCCAGGAUUUUUUUUAGGAGGGGGUGCACUCGUCUCUUGCUCUACUUCAACACCAAUAAACCACAUUUUUUUUUUUUUUUGCAGAAUAUCAUUUGUAUUAGAAAACCGCGGGUCAUCUCGGGAGGGGGGGGGGUGCGCACCCCCUGCACCCUCCCCCUAGAUCCGCCCCUGCGUUACCAUUGUUUCGUUUUAUUUUCAGGUUCGCGAUGCUAUUAAGAGUUGCUGUUGUUACUGUAGACGAGGCCGCCGAGGAAACUACUGGGUGCGCGGAGAAGAAGUAUCUAUAAGGCAACCUGAAGAAGAGGUUAGAGAAUGCGUUAUUCGUGUCUUCAUUUCGUAUCUUUCUUAACUGUCAACAUAAAAACCCUGCCUUACUUGAAUCAUAUAUGCUGCAAGCAGUGACAGAAGCCAUCGCGAAUAAGCCAUUUCGUAUUUCCAUUUUUCGGUACAAGAGAUUUGUAACAACACUUUUGCUUAUUCUUGUUUCGGAAUACUCUCGAUAGAACGCACCCUUAACGUCUUCUUGGCAUAUUUAAGGCCGUUAUAUUUUUCCUGAGUCAGUCUGUUUUAGGUCACGUGCAUUGUAUAUCAUCAUAAUAAAUUAACUGCAAGAGUCAUCGGAACAGAAACCAGGCAUUACGCCUUUUAGGGUUAUCGGGUAUUUAUUGUUCGCUUCUUUGCUUUGUCAGUAUCGGCAGCAACAGAGGCUGCAAGAACGGGAAUGGUUAGUCCCUGAGCGCAUGGAGCAACAAGAACAACACCCAGACAUGGAUGUGGACGGUGAUGACAAGUCUCACGAAUACGAGGAGCCCUUCUUACGACAAGAAGCGAGGCCUGUUCUCAUGUAUGAGGGAAAACGAUCGCUAGACUCUUCUACAGAGAGUUUCGAUCCGCUGUACGAUAGGGUGACAAAGUCGUCAGCUGUUGCUGUUGAGGUACAGCCUGGUCCAUCGACUGAACAGGAGAAAAGUAAGACAGAACCAGUGUAUGCUCAGGUAAAACGCUUAGAAAAUUCCUUUUAUACAAUGGCGUAAACCCAGAAUAACCAAAAUAAAUAAGACGUAUUUCUCAAAGAAAUAGAUUAAGUGCGUUUCUUGUGAUAGGACUUAGACCUCGAAAAUCUAUUUAAUAUAAACCUUCGCUGUGGCUCAACUUACCAUGACUGAGUUUGAAUAUGUUGUAGUUAAUUUUUUUUUCAUCUCAGGUAAUUUUUAUUUUUCCGUUGUUUCAACUUCCUCAGCAUACAUUACCAUACCCAGAUCAGCCUGAAACAAAGGAAAAAUAAUUAACUACAGCAUACUAACUACAACAUAUAUCUAGUACAGUACGUGCUCCCGUGUUUGAUUUAAGUUUGAGUCGUAAGUGAAACUCCCAAGUAUAAUAUUUACUCAAGAUGUAGGACUUCGAAAAACAAUGAGUAAAAACCUUUGUAUAAAACCAUUGUGGAGACGUUAUUUUAAGAGGGCAACAGUAGUCUGCGAGCAAGCUCUCCGGGGCGCUCUGGCGGCGGGGCGGUAAAAAGGAAGGAGAGCUUGCAAUUACGUCGUUGGAAUUUGAAUUCCACCUCCAAUUCCCCUGUAGCUCCCGGUCGACUGAGCUGUCAGAUUUCCACCCAUCAGCGCGAAUGUAAACGGAGACAGAAAAACACGUUCCAAGGGUAAUAACGUCAUUACUGUCAUCUCCGCCAAUCAGCAUUUCGCAUCUGAUUUUUCGAUGCAGAUAUUCAAAUUCCAGAGAGGUAGUUGCAGGGUCUUUUUCCUUUUCGCUCCCUGCCGCCAGAGCGCCCCGAGGAGCUUACUUGCAGGCUAGGGUAACACUUGACAGGGUAAUACGAGUUGACAGUUAUAGUGGGAACUCAUAAACUCUAUUAUGGCCAUUAAAUAAUGCAGACUGAAGUAAACUUUAUUUUCCCUGUGGUAAGUUUGAAAUAAGCGCCUGAGACGUUUUAUAGCGAAAACCAUGCACUAACAACAACAGAGCUGACUUCUCAUUGGGAGUAUGAAGAACGAUUAGCUUGGGCACAGUUAUUUACACCAAAGCUGUCUUAAGAAACUUCGACUUGACCAAUGUGUCUUUUUGUUUUGAGCAGGUUGUCAAACCAAAACGCCUAAGACAUCCUGAGUCAGACAGUGAUGACGAUGAUGAUGAACUUUUAACUCCCGAGGAGCGGGAAGCCCGCGGGAUGCGAGGAUUAACUCGUGAACAAGUCAUUCGCAUGGCCAAGAAAUCAGACGCUUCUAAGAAAGUUCUGAAAACGUACUACGAGAGUCCCAAAGGAAGCAAGGAAGACUUGGGCGGACCGGUUUACUUGUUGAACCAGGCUGAGAUGGAUGAAGAACUGAGGCAAUUUAGAUCGUUCUUUGCUCGAGACAAAACACCUCUCUCAUCAGAGCCUACCACAAGCACCCCGAAACCGGACGAUGCUUCGUCUACGCCUGGUGGCACCACUUUCAAAAGGGAAACAUCGAUGCAGGUCCAUCAAAGCUACCAGAGGAUGGAAAGCACGUCGAGUUCGAUAUCGCAAAGAACCUUUAGUGCAGCGGAGAGCGAAAGGACGGUCACAAGUGUAAGCUACAAAGAAGAAACUAAAUUCGAGCAGAGUGUUGUCAAGGAGGCAGUGAUCGAUUCUUCUUUACAGGAACUGGAGCAGAGGUGUGAUGCGGAUGACGACUCACCAAGUAAAGUUACAGCUGUGGUAAGAUUACAGACUUAA